AUGCACGCUCUGGUCGACCCGACAAGCAUCCUCGGCGUGCUGCUGUUCCUCCGCGGUACCGUCAAUAGAUACUGGUUCAUCAACAAUCCUGGGGAACUCUCCGUGCAGACGAUGGCUCCUACACGCACAAUCCUCGUCGAUAUGCCCCCCACGCCGACUGUGCUUGAUACCGAAGGAUCACUUGGACCAUCGGUUCAUCUCACGUUAUUCAGCGUGCUAGCAAUGAUGUCGCUCGUCAGCGGCGCCAUUAUAAGCUUCAAGAAAACCCCCUCCUUUUCCUCAAUGAUCCCUCUCCUCAUCACCGUCUUCGUCGUCUUCUCCUCUGUCCUCGGCCUCAACGUCUCCGUCGUCCUCCACAUCGUCCUCGAGGCCCGGAACGAAAUAUCACUCGCGACCGACAUCUAUACAGAAUCGGUGUCGCUUCUCGUUAGCAUUCUAUCCACCAUGGGGCGUGUCGCUACUCUAUACGGUCAACAACUACUCCUGAAGGCCUUCUCGAACUCGGAGCUCGCCGCCGCCCACAAUGUGUAUCAACAUAUCGUCAACGACGUUGUUAAAUUCUCUCUACCUGCGGUCGAACGGGGUCGAGAGGGUAUGGAAGAGGUGUACAGGGUGCUUCCGUAUGCGCGUGUCGUCGCCCUGUUUACACUUCUCAUGGCUCUCAUCUUCUUCAUCUACAAUACUUGUCCCUGUCUCAUUCGUGCGGUCAUCAACACCACCACAAGACUCAUCCGCGGUCUUCCCCGAACCAUCUUCCUCCUCAGCAAGGUCAUCGUCAAGAGUGCCUUCUUCCUUUUCGAUAUCGUAGACAAGUUCUUCAUCCGCUCCGUGUUCCUAUGCCUGCGGAUAGUUCGCGUUGCAUUCAAGCUUACGGGAAAGCUCAUUCGACUCAUCUGGCAAUCCAUUCGUCAUUCUCGUACUCCUCAGGUGACACCGGACUCUGACGACUCCUGCUCACACUGCUUGCAUUGCAUGUGCCCGCGACCAAUCCCCGAGGAAGACUACGUCUGGGAUAUCGAGUUGCCUGACGACUCCGACCGUGUCUCGUUCAAAGAAAUCAUGCUGUUCCUUACGCUUUCCCUCUGGAUCGCCGGCUUUGCGUCAAACAAGACUCGUCCCAUCUCCGUUGCGGUCGUCUACGCACCUUCGACGGUGACUUCUCUCAUCUGGAGCAUCAAGGGUCUUAUCUUCAAAAUAUUCCUGCAUCUGCUGGCGAUGACCUACGAGACCAUCACAUCGCUUCAAUUCAUCCUCAUGGCAUCUGCCUACAUUGUCGUCAAGUCUCGUGUGCGACUUGCGAUCCCAGCUCGCAAGCUCGCAGGAUGGCUCUGGCUUGCGAUUUACUGUGCCUUCACAUAUGUCUUUGCUCGUCCGCAGGGUCAGCAAGCGCAACCUCCUGUUCGCAACGUGGAAUCUGUCAUGAAGACAACGCAACCAGUAUUUGUGCCUCCACCGACGUUUCGACGGGGUGGUGAGGAGAGGAAGCGACUGGCAGAGGAGAACAAGAAGAGGAAUGCCAUGAGGCGGGAACAGCGAUCGCACCGCGCAAGUGGUGCAAGGGGCUUCAAUAUGGGCAAUAGACGGCGGCACGGUGUCAACACUCAUAGGCGACGGACAUCUAUUCGACUAAUCGAACAUGGGAAGCGUUGGGACUCUUUCAGUGGUUAUAAUAGUUGGAUCUACUUACUCCGCGCACGAGCUUGGGAAAACCAGCAGACUGUCGUGGACUUCUGGCUGACCCAAGACAGUGAGGCCCACGGUCUGCAGCAGACCUUGGCAGAGUUACUUAAGACGAGAGAUCCAUGGGACAAGGAGGUCGAAUUUUCAAGAAAAAAUCUCAGGCGGCAGUACUUGCGCUUACUCUUCGCGCACCCGUAUGCUACCGAAUCUCGCGACGUCGACACCCACCUCUGGCGGGCGACGUCAUACCCGUUUAUCGCACGAUACAAGGAAGGCAUAACCUCACUCGACCGCACCAUCUACGGCCCACCACGCGAACAGCAACCGCGGCAGCAGGGCGGGCAGCAGCGCGUCGUAGAGUACCGCAAGCUGUUGCAGCGUUUCCGCCAGUUCCUUUCUGAAGAGGAAAAGUUUUGGGUUCAGCUCAUCACCCGUAUCCGCCGCGUGUUCGCGCUGGACGAUGCGCAGCGCGCGCUCACGGCGCUCAGCAUCGUCCCGGAUGACACCUCGGCCACGGCCACGACUGCAGAGGGCCCGACACCCCGGCGCAAUCAACACCAGUUCCCCCCAGAAUCUAAUGGUGUGCUAGCUGCGGCAGUGACGGCGAGCUCGACGCAGCGGCAAAACAAGAUGACGGCGCUUGGGAAGGCGCUGGUGCGACUGGGCGAUAUCGAGCGCUACAAGGAACAGUACAACGAGGCAGGUGGGCGGCCCCGCGCAGGCCAUGAGGACGGGCCCCCAGCCGUCCCGCAAAACCGGGGCCGGAGUAGGAGAGGCGGGUCUGCUGGGGCUGGAGCGGCACCCGCGGUGGUCAUGCCUCGGAUGCGCAACUAUGAGAAGGCGGAGCAGUGCUACCGACAGGCACGCUUGUUGAUGCCGCAUGAUGGUAACUCGUCCCACGGGCUCGCCAUCCUCGCGUUGUACAAGAAGGACAAGUUUGAUGCGCUGGUGCAGUACUAUCGUGCUCUGUGCGUGCGCGCUCCAUACGAGGCGGCAGCGGAGAACAUGCAAAUGACUCUGAACAAAGCGCUGGAAACGUGGAAGGGCAGGCAGAAGGAGAGGGUGCAUGAAGAGGUCAAAGCGAGCGCGAGCGCGGAGCCUCCCCGUGUACGGGUGGCUGCCUUCGAAGAAAAGUUGGUGGCCCUGCAUGCUCUCUUCCAGACGCAGUGCCGGCGAGAUGAUCCAGCGUCGUCCUUGCAUGUUGUCUCACAGCAAGUGACGGAUGACUUCAAGGGCCUAGUUUCCGACCGUGUCCUUCCCGCUGAGAUGAUCUCAAAGGUAAUCAUCAUGGCGCAAGGUGCACUUUGGCGAUACCGGUCUACCCGGCAGUCCUCCAGCUCGUCCCACCGCAGGUCCUCCGCGACGUCUAUCACCUCUACAGAAUCCCACAUUGCUACCCAUCUCCUUGCGACGCACCGCGCGCUGCUCGAAGUCGGCGUAGCGCAGCUUGCUGAAGCGCCAGAAGAUCCCAGUAACCAAGAUCUUGCUCAGAAAAUCACUGCAGAGUUACGGCGCACUCUCCCUGCGUUGCGGCUGGCAAGCAAAUGGUCCUUAGGGACAGCCCCUGGCGAACAUGCCAAUGGGCACACCAACACGAGAAGCAGGGACAGAAGGGACAGAGGCAGGCGAUCGACAGGGCCCGGCGCUCCAGACGUGGGCGUACGAGAAUUCUGGAACGCAUUCAUGCAGUUUUCUAGUGCGCUCUCGCGUACCUUCCCACUUGUCAGGCUGCCGCCGAUGGCUGUACCUUUCGAGGAAGAUGUCGAGCUCGGCGGAUUCCAGCCCCUGAAGACAUUUGUAUCGAGUGGCGGGCGAUCUGGAAAUGGAAGCAAGGCCCCAAGCGUCAAUAGCGAAGUUCUCCCUGAACAAGUACAUCCCAACGAGGAGCAGUUGAUGAGGAUAAGGGAUCUGCUCAUGGAUGCUCAGGCAUUAGCGGCAGCAGAGGAAACACCUUUCGUACUGGACGAUGGACGAUUCGAGCCGGCAGCUGGGCAACCUGAAUCAAAACCUGUCGUGCAGCACGUCAUUGAUACGACACUAUCACAGCCAGCCAGGACGAAUGGCGAAGCCCUCGGGGCGCUAACGUUACAGCGCGAUUCAGUGCAGGAACCUCCGGUCGCCGAGAGCGACGAUGAUAGCAUGGCGGAAACUUCGCGUACAGAUGAUGAUCCCGUUGGGGAUGCGUUUCGCGAAGCGCUCAAUGGGUCUGAUGGUGAGGACGAAGAUGACCAGGACGAAAUCGUCUGGAAUCUUGGGACCCCAACCAUCCCUACGAAGGCUCUGGUAACGACAGCGGAAGAUUUACUGAAGGGUCUGCAGCGCGUUGGCGGACACACACGGAUGCCAUCCGCUCCUCAAUCGCAAUUGCUCUUCGGUUCUGGAGCGUCCGGCACCUCACCGUCGAUCUGGUCGACAGCUCUGGACGGCAAUGCCUUGAAGUUUCAGGGAGCGGCCGCGGGGACAACGGUGUCUCAACUCUAUCCAUUGCAACAGCCAAACACACUUUCGCAAUCGCCUUUCACAUCGCCUCGAUCGCAAAGCAAUGGGCCCGACGUAGCAUUACCUGUGAUACCGGCUCAGCAGCCGGCCACUUUUCCCAGCCCCGCGCACCAAAGAGUACCUUCCUUGUCCCAGGGGCUACCGAGCCUGAACUCGAGCCAGCCAUUUGGCUUCUCUGGCUCAUACAGCUCGCAAACGUAUCCAUCAGGGGCCGCAUAUAGCACGGGUGUUCCUUCUGCCUAUGCUGAUCCUGUGUAUCCACCUGCUUCUGUGGCAGGCUUCCGUCAGCAAUAUCCGCCUGGCUAUCCCAUGCGACCUAUUAAUCAUACACGUAUCCCGAGCGUUGGCCAGCAUACACAUCGCUACGGAGUGGGCGGCAGGAGAGAUAGUACGAAAUCAGACGCACCGUCUAUUUAUGGACCCACUCUCUUAACUCGCCCGCUCGAAGGCGGGAUCUCCAUCAUGUCUGGCCCAACCUCCUUCGUUGAGGUAUAG